AUGGCAAACAUAUCAGGCUACAAGCAAUUGGAGCAAGGGUUAUCACAAAUUCGAUUGCUCCACCUACUACCCCAGCGAACCAGACAUCUCCAAUUAUCAGCACCAUGGUAUUCAUGUGUCGGCCUCGAAUGCACCUUCGAGACAGUGGAUCUAGCCAGCGCUCCACCCUAUGAAGCCCUAUCAUAUACAUGGGGCGAGGAAGAUGCCCCGGUUCGCAUUCAUUUGAAUGGAAAGGAAUUCCUAGUACGACCUAAUCUAGCCUACGCCUUGGCUGCCCUGCGUGUCUCAGAGCCUCGCGUGCUGUGGGUUGACGCGCUAUGCAUAAACCAGCAAGAUACCACAGAGCGGAAUCAUCAAGUCGGGAUGAUGGGUGGCAUCUUCCGUCGAGCAGAGCGAGUGUUGGUCUGGCUUGGCCGACCCAGCUCUGGCUGGGACUCUUCAGUUGCAGGCGCCCUUAGAAUGGCAGAGAGACUGGGUGACAAUCCCCCAAUCUCGAAACUUCCACCAACACCACCUCAACCGAACCCCCAUCAUGAAUAUGAAUUUGCUCAAUGGAUUAAACUCUUCCCAAAACGCAUUGAAGAACGCAAGGACAAGGAGGAGAACACAAAAGGUCCAUCUGAGUCGCGUAUGUUGCAUUGGGAAACAUGCUUCGAUCCAGAAUGUCCAUGCUGGAACGAGGCGACAGAGACACGAGAGAAGACGUCGCGCGAGUUGGGCAUAGCAAAGUGGCAAGACCGCCUAGAUCAGCAGCGUCGACGAUGGUAUCAAAUGAGGAAUGAGCAUGCACUAUACAAACAAAAAGUGAAAAGACUCCCCGCUAUGAUCGAAGACACACAAAAAGAUCUACCAUUCUUGGCGCAGAUGGAAAAGGAACUGCAUGAACUUGAAGUUGAAGAGUUCCAACAACAAAAGCUACUCAGCGAUCUAAGGCUUUCGGAAUCUCAGCAACUCCCCUUAUUAGAUCCACCUCAGCAGCGACUGUUACAAGACUUUCAAACUAUUCAAAUACGAGCAUACCAAGAACUGAGCAAUGCAAACCUUGGAAAGUUUCGAGAUAUGGAUCCUGAAUUUUGGAACCGGGCUCGACCAGUUGUCCAUGUAUCUGACAGAGACAAUCAAGAGCAAAGCGAGACAGAAAGGCUACUCUGCGAAAUAUUAGCUGAUCUGGGAUAUUUUCAACGCUCGAUUUCUGAUCUUCGUAAACAACUCCAGGGAGAACCGGCAUCGUCAUUGCUGGGAGAGAAGAUUGAUCAUAUUGAGAAGAUGCAGCAACUUGAUAUCGAUCAUCGCCGCGGCCUUGCCAAGUUACAAGAACGGCUAAAAGCAUGGAAACAACCAACUGACGAACAAUACGGAGCAGGCCUGAAACUACUGGAAUCGCAGGUCGAGGAAUUUGGCCGACAAGUUAAAGCUUGGGAAACCCUUCAAACGGUUGAAAUUAAAAGGUUUGGAGACCUUCCCAGGUUCAUCUCUGAGCAACAUGAAUCACUACAAAGCUUCAUAGAACAACAAUGUCGGGAUCUCGAGAGGAUGAAGAGGGGUCAGGCAUUGGUCAGCCCUGCCGUGGACGCGUUCUUGAGCGAAGAGGAGAUCCAAAUCUCCAAAAGGCUCAGAAGUACCAAACAGGAAAUUCUCAAUCAAUACUUUGUCUUGCGAAAGACGGAGCUGAGGAGACGGGGCUUCGAGUUGGUUCUCCAGCAAUGUGAUAGAUGGCGCUCACAUUGUGACCCAUGGCGAUUAAGCAUGUACGAGAUCAAAAGGCACCACAACGAGAACAGGAUUCGAGAAGAAACCGUCAACGCUCAGCUUGAAUGGAUCCAACUCUGGCGGGAUAUGGUAGCAUGGCAAUCAAAGGAGUGGCAUGAUCUUGUCUUUACUCAGGCCGACACACCUCUCCGGUUGCCAGAUAUUGAUCUGCUCAGUUUAGAAGGUAUUUGUCGCCUACCAUACUGGAGACGCCUCUGGAUAGUCCAAGAGGUGCUAUUGGCGAAAGAGUUGGUUUUGUGUUUCGGAGACAAUGCCAGGACUACAACAUCUUGGGGUCUAUUCACUAAAAUCCGAGAGUCUUUGGAGCGCAUCCCCAACUCCUGGAAAUUUAGUCCAGCUGUGGAUGCAUCUCUAAAGGAGAUCAGCCAUGCUUUCCCUCUUCGGCUGGACAAACUCCGAAACGAUGACGGACAAUCUUGGUCACUACACAAUCUUGUGGAUAUAACCAGGACCUCCUUGUGCCACGAUCCUAGAGACAAGGUGUAUGGUCUUCUCGGUAUUACCAGUGGUUUCCAGUUUGGAGAUUUCGACGUCAGAUACCAGGAUGCGGUGGAGGGUGUGUAUCGGAAUGCGAUUCUAUGGUAUCAUUCCAAGUAUGGCGAGGACAUGAGCUCUCCCAAUCUUGUGAGGUUCAGCGAACUCUUACAACUAUCGCUCAAAAACCAUCAAGAUACGCAAAGCGUGCAUGCUUCCACGCAAACCUCGAAUGCUGCCGCAACGCCAUUGACUCUUGAGAGGAAUCUACUAUCGGGAUACACGGAAACGUUCUGCAUGAAGGGAAUUUUGGGUGUGCCUCUUCUUCCCAUCGAAAAAUUGAUGGUGGACAAAGGCUUGAUGCAAACACGUCGUCGGGACUGGAUCAGUACUCUAGUUGAGUAUUUCGACGAUUCUGGUUUUCGGGGGCCAAAAACAGCCAUAGAGGAGGAACUGUUGUAUCUUGACUCGAUCAGUACGACUUUAUCCAUGCCAAACUCUUCAGCAUACGCAGUCGUGGAAUAUAUGUCUGGCGAGCCCGGCCCGGAUAUAUGUUGCUCCCGCGAUCGACCAGGGCAAGGGCAAGAACCUCUUUUCUUCCUUACAGUCAACGGCGAAUUCGGUAUCUCGUCAACUUGCAUUAGAGAAGGUGACCUCUUAUGCAGAUUUCCGGGAUCCAAUCUAGGUGUAAUUCUUCGUCGGGGAAAGGAUCAGUACAGCUUGGCCGGCAAAGCGAUCAUGUCGUCCAUCGAGACAAGGAGAAUGACGAAUAAGGACGAGAGUCUUCGGAUUGUCAAUUUGAUGCUUGACAUCUCAUCAAUCCUGUCCCUAACCACCCCUCUGGAUAUCGUCAACAAGCACGAGAAUCGAGAACCUUUGUAUAUUCAAGAAUCUUCAUUUGGGUGGGAUGAGUUCAUCGCUUCGGGUGCUGAUGAGACUCCCAAUCCUCUACGUCAAAGACAAAUGGUUCAGACACCUGAUGAUUCACCAGAGGCUGAGCAAGAGCCAGAACCCACUAGCAUUCCAAAGUUCCAGGUGAGGACAAGGGUUUUCUCAUCUGAACAGAGUUGGCUAGCCGACGGUCUGUCGCGGCUCUUGUCGGUAGCACCCAUGGUCAGCCUGGAUAUCAACGAGACAUACCCAGCAUUGCAGUAUCCCGAUCCUCCUACUGUCUCGAUGACUCUCUAUUCUAGCACACCAGUCAAUGAUCCCACAACGAUGGAAAACCCAUACGAGGAGCCUCACAGCUCCAAGCUAUCCAUUCUCAACCCGGCAAGAUCAUGGCGUUUUAGACUUCAACUCAAGCUUGGACCAUUGAAAGAAACGACUGUCCAGUCGACUCCGGGUGCGCAGGGAGGAGAGGUGCGACGGACGAUAUCCCGGUGGUGGAAUCGCUUUGUAGAUUGA